AUGAAUUCAGAGCUGCUAAAAAACUUCACAAGGGAAGAGGUUGAAGCUGCUCUCAAGGACAUGAAGCCUCUCUCGGCGCCCGGCCCUGACGGUUUCAUGGCCCUUAAGCUUGAUAUGAGCAAGGCCUAUGACAGAGUCGAAUGGGGUUUUUUGGAGGGUGUUCUAAAAAAGAUGGGUUUUCAUGAAAAAUGGGUAGCUCUAAUGAUGGAGUGCAUAUCUACCGUUUCAUACUCGAUUUUGAUAAACGGUGAGCCUUCAGAAACCAUUCACCCCAACAGAGGCAUUAGGCAAGGUGACCCCCUGUCACCCUACCUCUUCCUCCUUUGCACCGAGGGGCUUCAUGGGCUGAUUAGCCAUGCGGCUUCUGAGGGUCACAUUAGGGGCAUUUCUAUUUGUAGAAGUGGUCCAAGGCUAACUCAUUUAUUCUUUGCAGACGAUAGCCUUUUGUUCUGCAAAGCUACUACUCAGGAAUGCCAAUAUGUCCAAGACCUUCUUAGAAUCUUUGAGGAAGCUUCGAGGCAAAAGCUUAAUAAAGACAAAACAACCUUGUUCUUUAGCAAGGUCACCCUUCAUGAGGUUCAAACUUCUAUCACUGAUAUGCUCGGAGUUCCAGAGAUUAAACAGUACGAAAUACUUAGGCCUUCCCUCAUUUAUUGGGAGAGGCAAAAAGGCCAGCCUGAUGAUUGUAAGGGCUCUUUUGCUUGGAAGAGCAUCCUCAAAGGUCGUGAGGUCAUUAAGCAAGGCAUGAGAUGGAGGAUUGGUGACGAUUCCUGUGUCAAGAUCUACCAAGACCACUGGUUUCCCGGGUCAAACUUUGGAAAAGUGCUCUCUCCAAGGUUGGACAUCAACAUGGAUGCUACAGUGGAUAUUCUAAUUGACCAAAACCUCCGCUACUGGAGGGACAUGGAGAUUGAAGGGUUGUUCCUGCCUUUUGAAGCCAAGGUUAUCCAAGGUAUCCCUUUAAGCUUUAUCAGGAAUAAAGACUCUAUUUUCUGGCCGAGAAAUCAUAACGGGAAUUAUUCAGUUAAAUCAGGAUAUAAAAUGCUGCUUGAAGAAGAAGUAGUUGACCUGCCUAGCGCCUCGAAUCCCAGCCCCAUGAAAGCCGUUUGGAAGGGAAUUUGGAAGUUGAAAGUUCCUCCUCGUAUAAGAAAUCUCUUAUGGCGUGCUAGAUCCGACUCCCUUCCAACGCGGGUGAACCUGGCAAAAAGAAAGAUUUUGACUAACACUCUCUGCCCUCAAUGCAAUCAAGAGGCUGAGGAUACUGUUCACGCUCUCUGGUCCUGCCCAUUGCUAACUGAGGUUUGGAGAAACCAAUUCGAAGCACUACAGGUCGCCUCCAAGAGCUACAGAAAUUUCCUUGACAUCCUCCACCUAGUUUAG